UUCACAUGCAUAUUUUUAAUUCCUCCAAGGAGUUCUGUGAAUUUCCUAGGUUUGAUCCUAUAUUGCUUUCCUUAAAAACACAGUGGGAGGUACAGAGCUGAGAUUGUCUCUUUCCUCUCAAAGUGUGGUUGGGCAGGUAACUCUUAGGCAUGCUGCUGUCCCUGCUGCCCCGAAUAGCAGUGGCUGAAGCACUGUUUCAGAGGGGGCUGGUGGAGGCUGGCAGGAGGACGUGGCUGCAGCUUUGCUCCUGUGGAGCUGAGGAGUUCCAUGUGGCUGGGGUCCUUCCUACGACCUUCCUCCAAGUCUUGCAGAAGCAGAGUGUAUCUUAGGAGUCUUAAGGAGCAGCUGCUCCAGUGGAAUCCCACCACUCCUUGGAGUUUAAGUGACUUCCAGUUCUUAUUUCUAAGAUUUAUGGUGGUGCCCGAUAUGCUUGUACAUAUUUGGCUUCAUUAAGCUUUUUACAGUCGUCUUUUAAAGGAAAAAUGUUCCCUCUCUCACACUAGAAUGAUAUGUACAGUGAGUGUUAUGCUUUGGGUAACAUUAAAUCUGUAACACUAAAACUGAAAAAACUAUUACGUUAUUUCAUAGUUGUCAUUCACUGAUACAGUGCCAGUCUUUGAUUUUUAGCUUCGGUCUCAUGUGCCAGGCAGUACAAAGGGCCCCCGUCAGAUCUUUAUUGCAGAAAGGGCAAAUAAAUUCAGAACUGAGGUUUCAAACACCUUAGCCUUGCUUCUAACCAAGUGUGAUAAUGGGGUCUUGUCUUCUGAGACACAGAAAAUACAUGGAGCAAUGCAAAAAUGCACAAUGUAAAUCCAUUUAACGGUAACACAUGUUAAAUACAAGCCCAUAGUAUAUGGUCCAAUUUAGGAGACACACAUUAGUAGCAGAUGCUUCAGACUUGGCUCCGUAAUGUUACACUCCUAAAUCCAUAGUUCCCAACCAGUGGCUGUAUUUCAGAUGUGCUGAGCCUCAGCAGUCCCUGUAGAGCUCAUCGGCAGCUGCAGGUUCAAGGGUCCAGAAAACUGACGUUUUUAUUUAGAAGCCUAAUUUUAAGUUUUGAAAAUUGUGGUUCUAGGUUUCUUCUGUUGCAACGUAUGACUAUCAUGUAUAAGCAUACGGGGGGAAAUUAUAUUUGGAAGAACAUUAACUCUGAAUAUAAUGAAAUUUCUGCAAAUAAACCUGAAUGUUAAUGUUGCGCUAACAUCAUGUUUGCAUUUGGAUGCUGGAGUAUCUACGAUCCGUGGCCCAACCCUUCUCCAUUGUGAAACCGUUGGCAUGUUUCGCUCUCUCAGGCGCAUGCAUCGCAGGGCUGGGGCCAGCACGCAGAAGCCGAGAGAUGGCCCUCAGCCACUUUUGCCUCAGCCGUGCUUCCUGCAUUAAGCACCACCGCCUGACUGGAUAGCGCUUCUCUGCUCUUCAUUCCUGACCCCUUUUCUCACAGGAAAAAGAAAACGUGCAUGCGUUCACGAGGCCGGACGUCCUCUGCUUCUCUCACACGCGUACGUCUGCCUGCAGGGACGCAGCACCCUCGGAGGCCCGGAGAGUUUUGCUGACUCACGUCGAUGUAAGAUCGACCCGUGAGUCCCGCAGCAGCCGCCGCGCCGCGCGUCCACCAGCGCCUGCGGGAACGGGUUCCUCGUCUACCCUCACAGGAAGCCGGGGCAUCAGUUCGUAUCUAUAUAGACCUGAACACAACUGCCACGUGCGAGUUUAAACCAGCAUUAACGAUGGCCUAGACCACUACGGCGCGGUAACGAGGACCGGGAAAUAUGAAUGGCACCUUAAAGCACAAAUGAAGUCAUGGUCUGUCCUCUGAAGAUUUGGGUACAAUAGUAUAUAGUGAUGCGAAUGAGCAAGUUUAAUAAACAGUAGGAAGAGAUUGAGGCUCAACAAUGCUACACAUGGAAAAAGACUUAAAUGAGCUUCUUGUGUGGAAAGAACAGGAAUGGAAAGAGCUGCAAGCUCGCCAACUUCAUUUUCAAAAGACAAUGCUUCAAGACUCCAGAAAACAGCUCCAAGAAAUACAAAAAAAAUUUAACAGGUUAAAAGAAGAUUUCACCUAUAAUCUGAAAGUUCUGGAUGAGAGAGAUCGAGAGCUGGAGCACUAUGAUGCUAUGUUCGCCCAUCUGAAAACACGUGAACAUACUAAAGAAGCAGAGGUUAGCGAACUUAGGAUACAGCUGGACAAACUGCAGGAAAAACUUGACAAGGAAACCCAUAAACAAGAGAAUUUGCAAUAUCAGUAUCAACAGAAACUUAAAGAACAUCGGUUAGCACUAGAACAGCUGCAGAGUUCCAAGAACAAUGACAUCCACCAGCACCGUGAGGAGUAUGUGAAGCUGAAACAGCAGCUGGAGAAUAAACUCCAAGAGGUUGAAGGAGAGCUUGUUUUACAGAAACAGGAACUGCUGGCAGAGUUUGAUGCAGAAAUGAAAAAGAGAGAACUUGAGUUUCAACAGCGGGAAGAUGAGACGAGUAACUUAGUUUUGUCUCAUAAACUCAAGGUUAACUUAUUGAGCAGAGAACUGGAGGUUUUGAAAGAUGCUGGGAUGAAAGCUGCAGAAUCAUUGCAAAUGGCAGAAAGGACUAAUCUGAGAUUGGAAAAAGAGCUCAAAUGCAAGGACUGGGAAUUUAAGGAUCUUGCAGCUGUAAAAGAUGCUCGAAUAAAAGAAUUAGAAGGUAAACUUCAUUCAAUGAACCUGAUGUGGAAAAAAGAGGAGGAAACGUUUAGAAGAAAACAUGAAGUUCUGGAUCGCUUUGCCAAGGAAAAGGAAGCAGUACUAGCUUCAGUGAAAGAAGCUCAUGCUGAGCAAGUACAGAAGUGGGAGAAUCAUAUAAGAGAACUGCAAAUAAGCCAUGAAAAUCUGGAAACAGAAUUGCGUAGAAGUGAAUGGAGUCAAGCAGAUUGCUUGAGAGAGAAAGAUGCUUUUAUUGAAAAGAGAAAAAAGAAGACCUGGGGCAUUGAAGUCCAUCAGCCUGGUUUCAACACUUGGGGAAGCUACUAGAUCAACUUAUAAAAAUAUAUAAGCACCUAAAGGAGGAAGACGUGAUCAGCAGGGAUCCUGAUUUCCAGUCAUUAUAACAGAAUAAAUUUGAAAUAUCUAUA